AUGUCUUGCGACACGUUUCAAGGUGCUCUCGCACAUCCUCUUCCACGUCAAUUGCCAUUUGAUUUUGGUGAGAAUCCGCCUGUAUCACUUCCUCCGCCUGCACCAACCAGAGGCCAUCAACGGUCGAGAACCACCGUCGACCUGCCGCCGUUAUUCUCUCGGACCCAAUCCUCCUCACCAACAAGAUCCUCUACAUUCCUACCCUUUCUACGCCCUCAAAGCACACGUUCAUUGUCCCCAGAAAGAAUCUCUCCCAUAGACGCGGCAGAAUACGGCGUACAAACACCCUCUGAAGAAUCAGUCACAAAGAAAAGGUCCAGUCUAGCAAGCUGGUUUGAUGGGUCUUCUGAUCCGGUCAAUAUAACACUGGUUCCCUCUCCCCGCAAGGAAAAGUUGGAUCCUGUCCACGAGGCUGGCACCAUGGACGACCUCUUCUCCGCCAGUCACGCUUCCUUAGAUACUUUUACCGAGCGGCCGCAGAGGAAGCCAGGCUUAUCAGGGUCUGCAACACCCGGUAUUUCAAGAUUUAAUUUCUUCCGCAAACCUACCAUUUCACAACCAUGUCCGGAUGGUGCUCCGGUGGACGAAUUAGCACAACUUGACAUUCGGGAGGCUCUCUUUCCACACGGUUAUCCUGAUGAGUUCUCCCCGGCCACCUUCAAAAAUCUACAACUCAAUGCCGAAGGAACAUUAUGUCGUUUUCAGCAAGCCUACAGAGAUCAACGAAAGUCUCUCAGAAACGUCACAUCCACCAAGAAUGUACAAGCGGACGAACUCGAGGCUGCACAAACGAGGAAUGAGCACUUGAAGCUACAAUUAGAGGAGAUGGCGGAGAGGGUGGCCGAGCGGGAGAAAACCAUUACAGAUUUGAGAUUACAAUUAAAAACACAACGUCAAUCUCUUGACCCACAUCUGUCACAGCAGCAGAGCAUCAGAAAGAUCUCCCCCGAGAGUAGUACCGCCGAAGAGCCAAACCCGCGGUUGAAGUAUUGCAGAAACCGCUCAUCCGAUAUUUCAACAUCAGGAGAAUCAGAACUUGGAUCAGAUGUGAGCUCGGUGGUUAGUGUUUUCUCGGAGGCGCUGUCGUCGGCACCCUCGCGUAUGACUUCAAUACCCAGCCCAGUCCUGAAGUCUUCCCACGUGGCAUAUUCCGGAGACCAUUGUCCCAAAUGUCACGGCCUCAAUGCAUCGGAAGCCUGGGAUGUGGUCGGCAUGAUGAAAAUGGAGUCGGAGGCUCUAAAACAACGCAUAUCGCAGCUUGAAAGUGCCCAAGAUGAUGCCCUGGAUUUUCUGAGCGGGCUGAAAUUGACUUAA